AUGGAGGAGGGUAAAUCCACCCUCAAGCGGGCAUCAUCAGCGCCAUCCAUCGCGCAAACAUUCUCACCAUGCCGUGAAGCCCUCUUCAUCACGAUAGUCUGCAUGGGGCAGUUCAUGACACAAACCAAUGUCGGCGUCUGUCUAUCGAACAUCGACAUUCUCGGCGCUAGCUUCGGCGUCACCGACUCCGGCAUUCUGAGCUGGUUUAUAGCCGGUUACUCAUUGACCGUCGGCACAUUCAUCCUGAUAUUCGGGCGAUGUGGUGAUCUCUUCGGUUACCGACGUAUGUUCCUGUCGGGAUUCAUUUGGCUCGCGAUCUGGUCGCUGGUCGCCGGAUUUAGCGUGUACUCGAAUCAUAUCUUGUUCAUUCUCGCGCGGGUUCUGCGGAAGGCGAUGAUUUUCGCACUGUUUGGCGCUGUGGCACCGAAUAGUGCCGUGUUGGGAGCCGUUUUUAGCGCCGUCUUCUCAGAGCUGGCGUGGUGGCCGUGGACGUUCUGGACGCAGGCUAUUGUCGCGGUUGUUUGUGCUGGGUUGGGUCUGUUGGUAGUUCCGUCAAUCCACCACGAGACCUCGCCAGAUACAAGCACCUGGAUCAACCUGUUCAAGGCGCUUGAUGCACCGGGCGCUUUCUGCGGUAUCGGCGGACUGGUCCUUGCCAAUAUCGCGUGGAACCAGGCUCCCGUCGCGGGCUGGAGUACUCCAUACGUUUACGUGUUGCUGAUCAUCGGAUUACUGCUUAUCGCGGGGUUCUUUGUGGUGGAGUUUCGUUUCGCAGAGCACCCUCUGAUCCCAUUCCACGCUUUUAGCCGGGACGUCUCGUUCGUGUUGGGCUGCAUAGCAUGUGGCUGGGGUGCGUUCGGAACGUGGAUCUGGUAUUUUUGGCGCUUCCAGAUGGAGUAUCGACACACGAGCCCUCUAUUGGGAUCAGCGGAGUUCGUGCCCGCAGCGCCCAUUGGUAUCAUUGCCUGCUUUGUGACAGGUUUACUGAUUGCACGAGUCCGACCUGGGUGGAUCAUGGUGAUGUCGAUGACGGCUUUUACGCUCGGGAAUAUUUUCACGGCAAUCGCGCCUGUGGAUCAGACUUACUGGGCUUUGACCUUUGUCUGUCUGCUGGUGAUCCCGUGGGGGAUGGACAUGUCGUUUCCGGCGGCUACGUUGAUGUUGUCGAACUCCGUGGAGCGGAAACAUCAGGGUAUUGCGGCGUCGCUGGUGACCACCGUUGUCAACUAUAGUAUCUCGUUGAGUUUGGGCUUUGCGGGGACGGUGGAGGUACAUGUCAACAAUGGAGGAAAGACGCCCGAGGACGUGCUGAAGGGGUAUCGGGGUGCAUUGUACUUUGCCACGGGAUUGGGUGGAUUUGGCAUUUUGCUCAGUGUGGUCUUUACGAUAAAAUGUUAUUGGGAAGAGCAUCAGUCCCGGGCUGUUGAUAAUGCAGCAGCUGAGGAGACAUCCUUGAGUACAAUUGCUGAAAGUCAAUGA